UCCGUGAACUCGCUGUGAACGCGCUUAUGAACGUGUUUCCCUAAUCGUAUCCGUAUACGUCAGGCUUUUCGAAGUUCUUGAUUUUUCGAGGACACAGUGAAUAGCGAUGGAUCUCUGAGAAGGAUCGGACGGAGCAUGCAUUUCUGGAUUAAUAAACCGGCGGGCAGGUACUACGGUUUUACUGGCCGCCGAUACCCCGCUACACCUCUGCCAAAGACACGCAUCAAUCAAUGUCGAUACAAUGCGGAUUUAAGACAAAUGGUGACUCCACUUCAUCGGUUCCAAAACCUGAAUGCUACAGGAAGUGUGGCUGGUCCUAGCAAUGUGAAUCAUUGCAGAUUGAUACGUACGACGAUAAGACCUAGUAAUAGUGAAAGUCGAAAUAGUUUUCCAGUUGGCUCUACUCAACAUACUCAGCUAAACAACAUCUCCAAUAAUGUAACAACAGCUGGGAAUAAUCAGUUAAUAUUGUCCAAUACUACUCCAAAUGGAACGAAUAGGAGCCUCUUGGAUUUCUCAGAAUUCAAUGACGCAGAACUAGCUAGCUACAGAUUAAGAUGCGGUGUCUGGAUAACUUUUGUACUGGCAGCAGGAUUCAUUGCUGCUGCAAAAUUUUACUUUAGAGAUGAAGGUCAGGGCAUAGAAAUAUUUGUGGUCUGGGGCUUGUCAACGUUAACAUUGUUUACGUGUUUCUAUUCUAUUCUGUGUCUCCGAAAUCAACGCAACAAUCGUCACGAGCAUCAUAUUCAUGAAGAGCACGUCCCAGAGGAGCACAUUGCCUCAGUAACCGCUGCAAACGCAAUGCCCAAUGAAACCAUUGGACCCAUUUCUGUAGUGAGACAGAAUCCACCGCCGCCCUAUCAUAUUGCCAUUUUAAUUCCACCACCUAACCCAUCGGAGGAAGCUCCGCCCCCAUCAUACGACAAAGUCAUGCGAUGA